CCUGGCAAACAUUGGUCAAAGACGCCAUAUCCAUCAUUAAAAAAGAAAUGGAAACACUUUAUAAGCAGGUUCCUGAUGAGAUUAAGCUUUGUGUUGAUAAUCCAAAAGAGCUGACGACAGAGUUGAAAUCAGAUGAUAUAAUUUCUAAGCAUUUUAAUAUCGAUCAUAUCGAAGAGGGUUUCAUUCUCAUAUACCCCGUCCCAAAACCCCCCACUUCUACCUCCACUACUGUUGCUGAAAAUAAGACAGUCUCGUUGGAAUGUAAGAAGAAAAAAUUGAAGCCGUUCUCGUCAUACCGCAGUUUGAAGGAAGUAUUGGCAAAAUAUGACCUCGUCUCUGAAGGGACAGAAGUUAUACCUCUUUUCACACCACAAAUCCACAAAGUCCCAGACGACAAUAAGCAUCUCGAACUAUGUAUGGCAGAUAUUAAAUUACAACUUCAAAAUUAUGGAAUGUUAGUAAUAACAAGUUUGGAGUCUAUGCGUAAUGAAUACGUUUCAACUAUACUAUAUACCACCCUUCAUAUCGCAGAAGAUGCCAUGAAAAAGAAAUUUAGUAUGAGGCCUGAGUAUGAAAUAAUUGGAGAUGAAAGUAGUGGGCAGGUCAAUUAUGCAAUCAAACCGAUAGAAAGAAACUUAGCAAAGCAGAGCAAGCAUCUCUUAACCAAGAUUAAGAAUCUGACACUGGGUGCUCCACUUCUGAAAAGAUACCAGAGGUAUCGAAUCUCAUGA